GACCGACCCUGAGAGAUUAAAAAUAUUACGUCUUCGACUGCGAGCGACUCCCUGGCUAUCACUCACAUUAUAACACCGUUCCGUGAGGAUUUACAUAUUUCGCCAGGCCAAUUCACCGCAUUUAGGUACGUGAGCCUUUCCAAAAAGAUGAUAACAGUAUUUUGGACCUCGAUAAGAAAACAAUGUCUGAUAACGAUAACACUUCUACUGUGCAUAUCAUUUCACGGGAAUGUUGAAUCAGCUGUUUACUGGGAAGAGACGAAUGAUGUGACGUAUUGCACGUUGUCUCGUGAUAAAGCAUUACCCGACCCUGACUGGGGAAAUUGCACCCCCAAACCCGAGGACUAUCUUAAAUGUGUGUAUUAUUGGACAAAUGCAUCUGCUACAAGUGCUAGGAUUCGUACACACUACUUAAAUAGAACCGAUGCCGCUUACUCGGACUAUGUGCUUUUCAUCGGUCGGCCGCUCAUUUAUUGUAUUGGACUGAUUUGUAAUAUCUUGUCUAUUUGUGUUUUCUCAUUAAAAACGCUCCGCCAAGUUGCGACCUGUCAGUUCAUGAUUGCAAUAGCAGUGUUUGACAUUUUAACUAUAUUGAACGGAUUUUUAUACUGGAUUGAAUACGAGCUCCUCGUACCAGUGAUAACAAGACAUUUCGCUCUGUGCAAGAUCUCCGUAUUUACAAUAUACUGUGCACCAGAAAUCAGUGCGAUCACGUUGACUCUAAUGAGCGCCGAGCGACUUAUGAGAAACUUGAACACUUCAGCUCACGAAAGAUGGUUCUCUAUAAGAAGAACCCGUAUGUACAUUGUAGCUAUUGUUUUGGUCAUGGUUUUCCUGAACCUCUACAUCUUUUUCUCCAACAUAUUUUUUAAAGAAUGUUGUAAAAAUGUUUGUUGGAAUGUAUAUCAUGAGGGCACAGGCGUAUUACAACUCCAUGAGAAAAACUGCAAAAAUGGAAAUGGCAGCGACUGUAGCAAUGUGAGUGCAUUUGCCUUCUACAAUGCCUACAGAUGGGUGGCUCUGUCAGUUUACUGGAUCUUGCCAUUUGUCGGGUUGCCUGUCAUCAACGGAUGGUUACUAUACGAAAUAUGGAAGGAACGACGUCGACGCAGCAAUCAAGAAUGCAGGCCGAUUAUUCCCAUUCCAGACUUAUCUGUUGAAUGCUCGGGAUACGACGAAGACAAUGACAAAGAAAUUACGAAAAUGUUAAUACUCGUGACUCUUUCGUAUUGGGUUAUGACAACGGGGUUUAACUUUAUGCAGGCUGGAAUAAUUGACGUCUACCACGCUUGCACUCCCGAUGAACUGGUUAGAAAUUCUACCAUCUAUACAAUCGUUAUGCUUCUCUUUUACUUGAAUCAUGCAUCGAAUUUUUUUCUGUACUGCAUCAGUGCUAAACCGUACCGCGACGAAGUGAAAUGUAUGUUUGCGCGCGGAUACAGAGCUAUCACGAUGUUGUUGCGUACCAUCGUUACAAAAAUACAAAGUUCCUUUCAUAAUACAGAGAAUGACAAGAGAUUGAAUUCCGUUCCAAUAUCAUUUCAUAAGCGUGCCAUGAGGAGCUACAGCUCAACUGAUUCGCUUUAA